UGUUUACUUUGACAGUAUCCCACCAACUGACAUUUCGUAUUUCUGUUUUUUGUACGUGUUUAGCGCAAGGCAGCGAAUAAAGUGUGUUAUGACUGUUGCCCGAUUUGCCAGGAAGUACGGAGCAGUGAUAUUCUUCCCCACAUUUACUGUGACAUCAAUUUUAGCCGACUGGACACAUACACAGGCGUGGAAAAAACAGCAACGUAAACUUGCCCAGAAAAGCGAAUUUGCGACAGAGUAAAAAAAAAUUAAAGCAAAAAAGUGCAGCAUGAUUGGCUUGGAUAAACGCUACGUUUGGGGCGUGCUUCCAUUGAUUGGUUUUGCUAUUGGCCAUUUCUUAGAUAAAAAGGAAACCGAACGAAUGACAUUGUUCCGGGACAAGAGUGCGCUCUACGGACGACCGGAGGGCGCUGAGCGCAAACCUCCAUCUUGGUAAUAAAUAGCUUGGGUGGUGUUUCUUAGGAAAAAUGUAAAAUUUAGGUAGCAUUUGGAUGAACACGAAGCGAACGAACUUUUGUUUUAAAUAAAUGCAAAUGAUAUAAGCGAAACAAA